AUGACGAGAAUCGAUGUUGACGAUUUAAUUUUGCGACUGUUGAGUGUUGGACAACCGAAUAAAGGUCUCACGAAAACUGUUCGCGAACCUGAAAUCGCAUCACUUUGCCACAAAGCUCGCGAAAUUUUCAUGGCACAACCAUCAUUGAUAGAAAUUGAUCCACCGGUUCGUAUUUGUGGUGACACGCACGGUCAAUAUGGUGACCUGUUACGAAUCUUUGGUCGUGGAGGAUUUCCUCCACUUGCCAACUACUUAUUCCUGGGUGAUUAUGUAGAUCGUGGACCACAGAAUCUCGAGACUAUCAUAUUGUUAUUCUGUUACAAGGUAAAGUUUCCAAAUAAUUUCUUUUUACUCCGCGGUAACCACGAAUGCGCUAAUGUUAAUCGGGUUUAUGGCUUUUAUGAGGAAUGUAUGCGUCGUUUUAAUUCAGCUCAACUGUGGGAAAUAUUUCAGGACACAUUUCAGUGCAUGCCAUUAACAGCACUUGUUGGUGAGCGUAUACUGUGCAUGCACGGUGGUAUAUCGCCGCAAUUGAAAAGUCUUCAGCAAUUGCGAGAAAUUAAGCGGCCAACGAAUAUCGCAAGCCCAUCGUUGGAAAUGGAUUUAUUGUGGGCAGAUCCGGUGAUAGGUAUUAGCGGAUUUCAAAUAAAUAUACGAGGCGCUUCGUUUGGAUUUGGAUCGGAUAUUUUAGCUACAUUAUGUAAAAAAUUGAAUAUUGAUAUGGUAGCUCGUGCUCAUCAAGUGGUACAAGAUGGAUAUGAAUUUUUCGGAGCCCGUAAAUGUGUUACCAUAUUUUCUGCACCGCAUUAUUGUGGACAAUUUGACAAUGCUGCAGCAAUAAUGUCCGUGGAUCAAAAUCUUUUAUGUUCAUUCCAGAUUUUAAGACCAACUAUAGGUGCUGCGGAAAUUAUCACAGAUUAUGAGCUAGUAGUAUCGGUAAAACAUUUCAGGAGAGAACUUGCUGAAACAGAAAUGAAAUCAUAUGGUAAAAUUCUGAUAGCAUCAGCAGUAAUAGCUGUAUUGAUGACAUUCAUUUCUCUGAUCAUUAUAUUACAUAUUUUUAUCUACAUGAGAUGGGGUAUCACUCGUCAACUCAUUCUUCUCAAUGCUAAGGUAUGCGUGCUCGAGUCACGUCUUGGAACACGCCAACUAUCGGAAGAAUUGCAAAAGAAAUUAUGUGAAGAAAUUGGUGUCACAUUUAAAACUAUCCAAAAUGAACGACAGAAAUUCGCUCAGGAAGUUGUCAAUGAAAAGAAUAUUCCGAAAUCUAAAACAGCUCAAAGUCCGCCUUCCGAAAAGCAAAUCGAAGAAGAUAAAAAAGCACCAGUAAAAGCUUCAAGAAGAUCAGUAGUUGCACCAGAACAACAAAUUAUCAAAGUACCAGAAAUUGGUGGUAUGGCAGAUCAAGCUGAUCCGAAGUAUCAGACACUUGUCGGCAUGGAUAAUGAAAAAAUUUUCGUUGAAAAAAAAGCACCCACAGUGGGCGGUAUGGUAAACCAAGCAGAUCCGUCUUAUCAAACACUUGUCGGUAUGAAUAAUUCAAACAUUUUCCAAGAAAAAG